GUUAACAGUUGAGCGGUCACACUAAAGGUCAGAAAACAUUUUAGCGCGUUAAAAAGUCAACCAAAAGCGAUUUUUAUCCUCGUGGCGGCUGACUAGUCCGAAGUUGAAGAGCUCUAUUGAAUCAAGGAUAACCUGAUCCUGGACAGUUUGCAGUCAUGUCGCAUCACUACGUGGUGACGGCGCAAAAGCCGACGGCGGUUGUUGCCUGCCUAACAGGUAACUUCACCUCGCCCACGGAUCUCAAUCUGAUCAUUGCCCGAAACAAUCAGGUGGAAAUCGAUCUGGUCACGCCGGAGGGACUGCGUCCCCUAAAAGAGAUCAACAUCAAUGGCACCAUUGCCGUGAUGCGCCACUUCCGACCGCCCGACAGCAACAAGGAUUUGCUCUUCAUACUGACGCGACGCUACAACGUUAUGAUCCUCGAGGCCCGUAUGGUCAACGACGUCAUUACGGUGGUGACCAAGGCCAACGGCAAUGUGUCCGAUUCGGUGGGCAUUCCCUCGGAAGGAGGAGUUAUUGCGGCCAUCGAUCCCAAGGCUAGGGUCAUCGGAAUGUGCCUUUACCAGGGGCUGUUCACCAUCAUUCCGAUGGACAAGGAUGCUAGCGAGCUGAAAGCUACAAAUCUUAGAAUGGAUGAGCUGAACGUGUACGAUGUUGAGUUUCUGCACGGCUGCUUGAAUCCCACAGUUAUCGUGAUCCACAAGGACAAUGAUGGUAGGCACGUAAAGUCACACGAGAUUAAUCUGCGGGAUAAGGAGUUUAUGAAAAUCGCGUGGAAGCAGGACAACGUGGAAACAGAGGCCACAAUGCUGAUCCCGGUGCCGUCGCCCAUCGGUGGUGUUAUCGUCAUCGGUCGGGAAUCGAUUGUGUACCAUGACGGAAGCAACUAUCACGCUGUGGCGCCGCUCACUUUUCGCCAAAGCACUAUCAACUGUUACGCCCGUGUGAGUAGCAAUGGAUUGCGCUAUCUGCUGGGCAACAUGGAUGGGCAGCUGUAUAUGCUGUUCCUUGGCACCGCUGAAACGAGCAAGGGAGUGACUGUGAAGGACAUCAAAGUGGAGCAACUAGGCGAGAUCUCUAUACCAGAGUGCAUUACAUACCUAGACAAUGGUUUCCUCUACAUUGGAGCUCGACAUGGAGACUCGCAGUUGGUGCGCUUGAAUUCGGAGGCCAUCGACGGGUCAUAUGUCGUUCCUGUAGAGAAUUUCACUAAUCUAGCUCCCAUUCUGGACAUUGCUGUAGUGGAUCUAGAUCGCCAGGGACAGGGCCAAAUCAUCACAUGCUCGGGAAGCUUUAAGGAUGGAUCUCUACGCAUAAUUCGCAUAGGCAUUGGCAUUCAGGAGCAUGCCUGCAUCGAUCUCCCCGGCAUUAAGGGCAUGUGGUCUCUAAAGGUGGGAGUCGAUGAGAGUUCGUAUGAGAACACUUUGGUGCUGGCUUUUGUGGGACACACAAGGAUUCUCACGCUCUCUGGUGAAGAGGUGGAAGAAACCGAGAUUCCCGGAUUUGCCAGCGAUCUGCAGACGUUCCUUUGCUCAAAUGUGGAUUAUGAUCAGCUGAUUCAAGUUACUUCGGAUAGCGUUCGCUUGGUUAGCAGUGCCACUAAAGCCCUCGUGGCCGAAUGGCGUCCUACUGGCGAUCGUUCAAUCGGUGUUGUAUCCUGCAACACUACCCAGAUUCUGGUUGCCUCCGCAUGCGACAUAUUCUACAUAGUUAUUGAAGAUGGAAGCCUUCGCGAGCAGUCCCGCAGGACAUUGGCAUAUGAGGUAGCCUGCUUGGACAUCACUCCCUUGGAUGAGACUCAAAAGAAGUCGGAUUUGGUGGCCGUGGGCCUAUGGACAGAUAUAUCUGCUGUUAUCCUGUCGCUGCCUGAUCUUGAGACCAUCUACACCGAAAAACUAAGCGGAGAAAUAAUUCCCCGUUCCAUUCUGAUGACCACCUUUGAGGGAAUCCAUUAUCUGCUUUGCGCUUUGGGCGACGGUUCCAUGUAUUACUUUAUCAUGGACCAAACCACUGGGCAACUGACGGACAAGAAGAAAGUAACUCUCGGUACACAACCAACAACGCUGCGCACCUUCCGAUCCUUAUCUACCACUAAUGUGUUUGCCUGCUCCGAUCGUCCCACGGUGAUUUACUCGUCGAACCACAAGUUGGUGUUCUCUAACGUAAAUCUGAAGGAGGUCAACCACAUGUGCUCCUUAAAUGCUCAGGCGUAUCCAGAUAGUUUGGCGCUGGCCAACAAGAACGCUGUUAUUUUGGGCACUAUUGAUGAGAUUCAGAAGCUGCAUAUUCGAACAGUGCCUCUGGGGGAGGGACCACGCAGAAUUGCUUACCAAGAGUCGUCGCAGACUUUUGCUGUGUCCACCCUGCGUAUUGAUGUCCAUGGAAGAGGCGGAGCUAAGCCACUUCGCAAUAGUGCCUCUACACAGGCCCAAAACAUAACGUGUAGCUCGAAUUUCCUACCCAAACCGGGUGGUGGUAAUUCCACGGCAGCAAAUGCGGAAGUUGGUCAAGAGAUCGAUGUACACAAUCUACUGGUCAUCGAUCAAAACACGUUCGAAGUUCUGCACGCCCACCAAUUCGUUUCACCCGAAACUAUAUCCUCCCUAAUGUCCGCCCAGCUGGGCGAUGAUCCCAAUACUUACUAUGUGGUGGCCACAUCACUGGUGAUUCCAGAAGAGCCGGAGCCGAAAGUGGGAAGGAUUAUCAUCUUCCACUACAACGAGAACAAGCUUACCCAAGUGGCCGAGACCAAGGUGGAUGGAACUUGCUAUGCCCUGGUUGAGUUCAAUGGCAAAGUCCUGGCAGGAAUCGGUAGUUUUGUCCGUCUAUACGAGUGGACCAAUGAGAAGGAGUUGCGCAUGGAGUGCAACAUUCAAAAUAUGAUUGCUGCUUUGUAUCUGAAGGCCAAGGGCGAUUUUAUAUUGGUUGGAGAUCUGAUGCGCUCCAUCACGCUGCUGCAGCACAAGCAGAUGGAGGGAAUCUUUGUCGAGAUCGCCCGCGACUGCGAACCCAAGUGGAUGCGAGCUGUGGAGAUCCUCGACGAUGAUACGUUCCUUGGCUCCGAGACAAAUGGAAAUCUGUUCGUGUGCCAGAAGGACAGUGCUGCAACCACCGAUGAGGAGCGUCAGUUGCUACCGGAACUGGCGCGUUUCCAUUUGGGCGAUACGGUGAACGUUUUCCGUCACGGAUCUCUGGUGAUGCAGAACGUUGGUGAGCGAACUACGCCGAUCAAUGGGUGUGUUCUGUACGGAACAUGCAACGGAGCCAUUGGCAUUGUAACCCAGAUACCGCAGGACUUCUAUGACUUCCUGCACGGCCUGGAGGAGCGGCUGAAGAAAAUAAUCAAGUCGGUGGGCAAGAUUGAGCAUACGUACUACCGCAAUUUCCAAAUCAACACCAAAGUGGAACCCAGCGAGGGAUUCAUCGAUGGAGAUCUAAUUGAGAGCUUUUUGGACUUGAGUCGCGACAAGAUGCGCGAUGCCGUUCAAGGAUUGGAGUUGACACUGAAUGGCGAACGAAAGAGUGCGGAUGUGGAAGAUGUCAUAAAGAUCGUCGAGGACCUUACGCGCAUGCAUUGAGGUCCUUCGGUGGUUUGUAUAUAAGUAUUGGAGAAGGAACUGUCUCACCGCGGACUAUCCGAUUGUACAUGAAACUUCGAUACCAUGUAUCCCGCUUAACCACGUAAAUAUACACUCGAAUGCUGCUUCGACUGUUGGAUAACAAGACGUUUCUCGAGUUCCUCGUUUGUGUUUCCUCGUAAAAAAAAAUUGACAAUGUAGCAAAAAGAAAAAACUGUUUUAAGUGCGCCUCAUGCGCUCUUUCAAAGUUGCGCCAGUCACGCAUUAAUUUAAUAAAAAAAAAAUAAUUGGAAAAA